AUGCCUUUCAAAAGUUAUAGUGUUUUCCUAUUAUAUAUUAUUUUAUUUCAUGCGUUAAAUGUUAUAUGUCUUAUAAAUAAGAAUAUAUUUUUUAUUACCAACCCACCAAAAAGCAUAUCACAUUUUUCCCGUGUAAAGAGUAAAGAUAUACGAUUUAAAAAAAAUAUAUAUGUAAAAAUACCUUUUAGGGGAAUUCGACAAAAAUUACUUCUCUUUGAUAAAUUGAAAAAUGGGCUCUUUUUUUUUAAAUAUAUACAGCAUGGAAAAAAUGAGAAGUUCUGGGAAAAUAUUUUGAUGAAUCUUAACGAACUCACUAAAGUUAAGGAACUUAUAAAAACUACAAAAGACAUAAGAUUGGAAAAAGAUGACAUUGAAAAAAUAUUUCAGCAUGCAAUACGUUCAAAGAUUAACUUUAAAACUAUAAACACGAUAUCGUAUCUUAUUAAGCACUUUAAAAUAGAUAGAAAUACAAUAUCUUCAGUAUUAGAUAUAGUAAGCAAACAAAUUAAAGACGUAAAAUCAGCAGAGCGUUUCUUAUCCCUUUAUUCUUUUCUUUUGGAAAACGAUAUAGCAAUAUUUUCAAUUAUGCAUAUAGUAGACUUUUUUAAGAGUAAACAUAAAGUAUUAGAAAUCUUACAAAAUAUAAAAGCUCAAAUUUAUGACGAAUGUGUAAACGAUCUUGUGAGGAAGAAAAUCGAACGAUACAAUAUUUUUUGUGAAAUAGAAAACAUAAAAUAUAACUUAGAAGAUGCUUUGAAAAAAAUAAAACUAAAUAUCCAAGAAGAUGAUAUAUAUUUUAAUUAUGAUUACAAAUAUUUAUUAAAAAUAUUUGAAAAAAAAACAAAAAAAUAUGAUAAUAUGGGCACAGUAAAAGAUGAAGUAUAUAUAAUGCCGGAUCAGGGAAAAGUAGACGAAUAUAUAGAUAUAGAAAAUCAUGAUUGUUUAAAAGAAUUAAAAAAAACGUACGAAAAACUACAAUCAUUUAAUGAUUCAAUAAUUGAGCAUAUUGAAUCAGAUCAGGAUUUAUUUUAUUUUAAUGAUAAUGAAUAUAUGGCUAAUAAAAGCAAAAAAAAAAACAUAAAUAAAUAUGAACAAAAUAAUAAUAUAAACGAAACAGAAGAAGAUGAAGAUACUAUAGCUAUGCAAAAGAAUAUUGAUGAUUAUAUUGAAAAGUACAAAAGAGAUAAUAAUUCAAGUGUUGAAAAUCUUAAAAAUACAUUUGUCGAGCAAGCAGAUAUUAAUUUUAAACAUUUUUUAGAGGCGAUAAAUCUUGACAAUAGUAUUCGAGAAGAAAACGAAGCAAACAUGAAAACUAUGAUGAAAUCAAAUAAACAUAUAAUUGAAGAUUUUGAAGGAAAUUUAUAUGGGGAUAACCAAAAUAAAUUUCGAGAAGAAAUAACAAAUUUCAGAUUAAAACAAUUAAAUCAAAGUGAUGAAGCUUUAAAUAUAACUAACGAUAUGUUUUAUGAACGAAUGAGAGUUAAAUUAUUGUAUUAUAUACAAAAAAUAGAAUAUAUGAAAUAUAUGCAUCAAUAUGAAAUUCUUAAUGAAAGGUAUCCAAUAAAUAAAAAUGAAAAAACCAUUUUAGAUUUGUUAAAAUACGGAUACAAAAUUGAUGUAUCUCCAGAUGUAGAUAAUUCAAUGUUUAAAAAAAAUGUAAAUAUAGAAAAAGAUAAAAUGGUAGAUGAACACCACCCCACUAUCGCUUUUAAGAAAAAAAAAUAUUACGAUUUCAAAUGUCCAGAUUGUGAUUACCAUAUUUUUAAUACAAAUGAGGAAAUAAACUCAAGUCCCAUAGAAAACUGUCCCCAAUGUAGCAAACAAAUUUGA